AUGGUCAAUGUAGAGCUUUUGAGAAAUGAAGGUGUCCCUGAAACUAGUAUUUCCAAGUAUCUAAUCCUAAAUCCAAAAGUAUUUACGGCCAAUAGAUUUGUGGAGAUCCUAGGAAAGGUUAAGGAAAUGGGUUUUAAUCAUUUAGAAAUCACAUUUCUUAAAGCUGUUGAUAUGCUGACAGUAAUGGGCGAAGACGGUUGGAGAAACAAAAUGGAUGUUUUCAAGAGAUGUGGGGGUUGGUCUGAGGAUCAAAUUCAAUCAGCAUUCAGGAAGGAUCCUAAGUGUUUCAAGGCCUCUGAGAAGAAGAUUAUGCCGGUUAUGAAUUUCCUUGUGAAUGAAAUGGAUUAUGAUUCAUCGAUUGUUGUUGAGAACCCAGUAGUUUUUUGUUGCAGCUUGCAGGAUAGGAUUAUCCCAAGGUGUUCUGUUAUCAAGGUUUUAGCCUCAAGGGGUUUGAUUAAAGAAAACAUAUCUCUAACUACACUUUGUGCAAUGGUAGAUGAGUGUUUCUUGGAGAAAUUUGUGAAAAAAUAUGAGCAAGAAGUUCCUGGACUAAUGAAGGUAUUCGAACAUCAGUUGAAUUACCAAGAGCUGCUAAAGAACUGA